AUGAUGGGACAAAGCCUUCACAGACGAAUCCUCCCGUUCAGCUCAUCAAUCAAUGCUGCAUGUGGAGCAGACGUCUUCUGCAACUGUGAUGCGUUCACGGACAUGCCGAGAAUCGUCCUCUUUCUUCUGCUGCCGUUUGCCUCGCCGCCUUGGCGCAGGAUGGCGUCAGCACAGCCCAGAGGACAUAGGGAAAUUGAUUGCGGCGAGGCUCCAGCUCGACCGUCGGAAAGACGACAGACCGUCGCAGCACUUGCCCAGAUAUGGGAUCCACAGACGUUGGCGUCGUUCUCAAUGUCUCAGCUGGAUGGUCUUUCAGAUGUCAUGUGUGGCCACUGCCCACAGCUGUCUCGAGCGUUUAAGCUUCUCGGCAAAGGUAUAGACUUAUGCAGCCGAGCGGGUGGAGAGAGAAAGAGAAGAGAGAACCCGAAGGAAGAAGAAGAAGAGAGAGAGAGAGAGAGAGAAAAAGCGAGAGAGAGGUGA